AUGUGUUCAAGACUACUCAGACCUCGGUUGUGGCAUUGCAUUCCAUUAUUUAUCUUUACCUUUAUUGUCGCUUAUCAAUUGUUCAUUCGAGGCGAUGGCCGAUUCACGCAAGAACUCGAGAACCCAGAAAACCUCAAGUCAAACAGUGAAGACCACGAGAACUGCAAUAGCAAUGUUCUCUCGCAAUCCACAGAUAACGAACCAAACAUAUUUACAAGCAUUCCAGAGUGGUUGAAGCUCGGCUUACCUGGCUGUGCCAUUAACCAAAGUAUAGAGAAGAUAUGUCACAAAAACGCAAGCGAAAACUGGAUGAAAAGCGUUUCAAGCUUUCAUCACGCGGAUACACCUCACGACAACUAUUUCUACUCAGACUGUAACGUCGCAGCACACGUAGUCCUUACCAAUUCUUCCUACGAUUCAAACUUGAAUGGUGUAGCAUCACGUCUGGUUGUAGCAUGGCCCGCUGGCAAUAGUGGUGCAUGUCUUUUUUUCCAAUCGGCUCAAAACCCCAAUUCCGAUCUGGCAAUCACAUUUGUUAAUACAACCGAAGGAUCACCGCUAGGGCCCGUGUAUCUCCCGACAGAGCACCUACCGAGUAUUGGGGUCAAAGGCGUCAUCAAAUUCGGGGCAGUGACCAAUAUACCCCUUGUGAUUGCGGGGUCUGUGAGAGCAAUUCGCGAUUAUACUGAAGGCUCGGGCCAACUUCAUCCAGCGCUUCAAGAAAAACUCCGUUUCACAAUGCAUGGCACGGAAUACAUUUCAAUUUCGCGCUUGUUGCUUGACAAUGUCACAGAAAUGGUUGUAUCAUUCCAACGACGAUCAGCGGGACCCAUCCAUCUUAAAGAUGACAAGGCCGUCCUGGAACCCGGAGAAUAUUUAUUCAGUGCUCGCUUCAAUUAUCAUCAACUGGAGCAGCUAAAGAUCAAUGACGUUUUGAUGCCAGGAGGCUAUCAUCAAACGCAGGACCAGGAAGCGAGGGCUCUGUCCUUCCUGUCAUUUUCUGAAAAGUUUCUCGCUGGUUCGUGGCGAUUCCUAACAUACUUUGGAAGGGACGACAUGAUAUCAACAUUACUGCUGCAACCAGUCCUAACCAAUUCAGCAAUCGAAGCUGUACUCGGAUCCGUUCUUGAAAGAAUCAAUCGGACAGAUGGUAGUGCAUGUCAUGAAGAGAUCAUCGGCGACUAUGCCACAUUCUUGAAUAUGGCAGAUGGUAUUUCUAGCACCGAAGCUCGCUGCGAUUAUAGUAUGAUUGAUAUUGACUAUUUUCUGCCUAUACUGAUGCACGCCUACUUCGUAGAAUCUGACGCGGGUCAUGAACGUCUUGAGAAUCUGCUGUUAACAUCUGCAGGUAGAGUGGUUGUGAAGAAUCAGGGACUGACAUGGGGUGACCUAUUCACUACACUGGUAAACAAAAUAAUGAGAGAAACGGCGUCUUUUACCGCGCCUGAGGGUCAGAAAAGGGAGAAUCUUAUCAAAUUGAGGGACGGCUACGAUACUGGUGUUUGGCGAGAUUCCAUCUACGGUCUCGGGGGAGGUCGAAUUCCUUUUGAUGUCAAUGUGGCAUUAGUUCCUGCAGCCCUUCGCUCGAUCGCAAGGCUCGCACAGAGAUUUGGCCACAAAAUCUUUGGGGAUGAUUGGGACGAAUUAUCUUCACUCGCAGAGAGGUAUGCACAGGUCUGGGAAGAUCAUACUCUGGAAUUCUUCCGAGUGGACAUACCAGUGAAAGUCGCGCAACAGAGACUUGACGAUUUUGCAAGGUCAAGUGACUUUUAUGACGGGCCAUCGCAUAGUGAAUUAGUGGACGCUGACAUCUCCUACUAUGCUGUGGCCUUGGAUGGUAGCAAUGGCCUUGAUAUGGUUUCGAUCAUGAAUACGGAUGCGUGUUGCCGAAUUUUCUUCCUCAACGGAACCAAUCAGCCGCGUUUAACACAUUAUUUAAACGCAACUGCCUUGUCUAUCAUACGACCAUUUCCUGCGGGCCUCCGGACACCAUUGGGACUUGUUGUUGCUAAUCCAGCAUAUUCUGGCGUUCAAGAGCUCAAUCAGAAUUUUACCAACUCCGCAUACCAUGGCACCGUAAUCUGGAGCUGGCAGCAGGUUGGAAUGGCGAAGGGGCUUGAGAGACAGCUAGACCGCUGCAAUUCUUUACAUCGGCCAAGCUUUUGCAAUGACAAGCUUGUCUACAAUAACGUGAGGACAGCUUACAAUGUCUUGUGGGAUAACAUUGAAGCAAAUCAAGAAUAUCUGUCAGAUGAAGUGUGGACUUGGAUAUAUAAAGAUGGGAGUUACCAUCACGCUGCCUUGAGUAGUCUACAGCCCCCACCUGGAGUUGAAAGACCUGCGGAAAGUAAUGUUAUUCAGCUCUGGAGCUUGACGUUUUUGGCAGUGAAAAGAAACCAGGAAUUGAGGUGA